AUGUAUAUAAAUCAAAGUCCCUACAGGAAUGUUCCUUUUUAGAACAUACCUACAACCACUAUAUAUGUUGAUCCUAACAAAUACUAAUAGCCAAUGAUUUAAUAACCGAUCAGAUAUCAACCAUCUCCAAGUACUGAUUAUGGUUACAGAGAUUCAUAACUUUAACUUCAAUUCUAAGAUUUAGCUAAAAAAUAUGUAUACAUAUAUUUAUGAUUUGUUAUUUAGUAAGAUUUAUAGAAUGAAAAUAAUUAAUUAUUAAGAUAGCUUUCGGAUAGGCCAUAGAUUGGUUAGACAGAACUUUUAAAUUAAAAACUAGUAUUUAUACAAUCAUAUAUAUAAGCAACACUAUGCAAAUGAAAAUGAAAAGCUCCGACAUUAAUUAGCAUAUACUUAUGAAUUAUAAGAGAAGUUGACACUUGUUACUAAUUAAUUGGAGAAAGUAAAUGAAGCUUUGAUGUUAUCAAAUUAAGAAAAUUAGCAAUUAUGUCAAUAAAUCGCUGAAUACAAAAAUUAGCAAACCUUUGUGUAUUAAUUAAACUCUACUAUAUAAACACAGGAAAUUUAAUUACAAUAAAAGUAAGAGUAAUUAAAAAACUUACAAUAAGAAAUCGAGUAUUAUUAAUAAUUAUUUUAAUAAAAAGCCAAAGAAAUGUAAUCAGCAUAAUUAGAAAUUAAUAAAGUUAUUGGAUAGAAUUAAGUCUUAUAAUAAGAAUUGGAAGCUCAGAAAAGAAAUUGUUCGAAAUUUAAAUAAGAAAUUGUUGCAUUAUAAGUAGAAGAGAACAAUUUUAUUUAAUUAAGACAUGAGAAUAUGUAAUUGCAUGAAAAAAAUUAGGAAUUGUUGAGGAAUUUUGAAAAUUAAAAGGCUUUAAACCAAAAUCUUAUAAUGGAAUUGAACAAAUAAUAAUAAAUUGACUCAUACAUAGAUUAAUUAAUUGAUUAAUUAAAUGAACAACGAUUCAAAUUAGAAUUCGCAAGUACUAAGAUUUAAGAUCAAACAAAUAAAAUUAACGAAUUAGAAUUUAUUGUAAAUGAAAAGGCAUAAUUAGACGUACAAUAUAAUCAUUUAAAAUAAAAUUACAAUAUUAUGGAAAAUGAUUACAACAAAUUAAAUGAAGUAUUAAAAUAGAAAUAAAUUGAAUUAGAAGUAAAUAAGAAUACUAAUAUGUAAUACAGUCAAAGAAUCUAAUAAAAUUAAGUUAAUAAUGUCCUUAUUAAUGAAUUAAAAUUAGAAAUAGAAUAAUGGAAAUCUAAAUAAAGUAGAAUGGAAUAAGUGUUUAAUGAUAGUAAAAAAGAGGAUCAAUUUAAACAGAGAUGUCUGUAAGAAUAAAAUGCUCAAUUAACUUAAAUCACAGCUGAGUUAUAGGAAAAAUUGUAACAAAAAGAAAAUGAAUUACAAUAAUAAAAUAGAAUAUUCUAGGAUACUUCUAAAAAAUUGAGAGAGAAAGAAUAAAUCAUAAAUUAUUAAUCAAAUAAACCAAAUGUGGAUUAAGAAGAAGUCUAAGCUUUAAAGAAUCGUAUUAAGCUUUUAGAAUUGAAUGAUGAAAAGAAUUAAAGUCUUUAAAAAGAAAUUUAGAGAUUAAAUGCUUAAACAGCUACUUUAAGAUAGGAAAUUGCUACUUAUAAGAACAAGCAUCAUGAUUACUAAUUUAUGGAUGAACAAUAUCAAAAAUCUAAUAAAUAGAUACAGGAAUUGAAAAGCCAUAUUGUAACAUUAUAAAAAUGA